AAAAAACAGAUGGAUGUUUUAUGGAUGACAUGAAAAAUAAAAGUCGGGACUCUGUAAAUGUUUGAAAGGAAACUCAGAGCGUCUGAAACUGGGAGAAAUGGUUCUGAAGAGCAGCACUGGGUUAAAUUUCAUGUAAUCGGUGAAAUCAUAGUCAUGGACUAAUUUUCUGACAGUAAGCCCCGCCCACCACAGCUGGAACCUCAUGCCACACCUUUGCCACAUAAGAUUCUCUGUCUGCUUCUGCAGGAGAACAGAUCCAGAUGAAGACAGCAGGACCGGAUUAAACGCUUUAACUCCUGUUGAAGAUGAUGACCUGUGAUGCCAUAAAGUUGAGAUUAAAGGCGUCUGCGUCACGUGCCCUUCUCAUCAAAACAGGAUGAUCAGAGAAGCGCAUCUUCACCGUUUUACGCAUCUGCUUCGUCAUCUUCAUGCUGAAGACUCGCUCUCAGAGCGGAGCGCAGUGGAGUCUGUUUUUGUCCUGAAUCCCGAGUCCUUGUGCGCUCUACCCUUCAGCUGCGGAGCUCAGAGCCGACCUGUGGCACCAGGCUGGGACUCUCUCAUCAGCACCAUGCCACUGUCCCACUCCCAGGACUCUGCAAUUCAUUAGUGUCUGACGCCACUAGGGGAACCAUUUUACGCACGAGCACUUCUACAGGUGGAUACUCUGUCCUCCUGUUGCGCCAUGGACAACUCCAGCAGCGCAAAGACUCAUGGCAUGAUAGACUUAUCUAUCUGGGAGCAGGACUCUCCUGCUGACCGGGGAGUGAUGGGCGUACUAGGAAUAGCCGGUGGUGCCCGGUUCCUAGAAGGCGGCGCGUCCAGGACUUCUGAAUUCAGCCAGGAGUCCUCUCACCUGAUGCCCGCUUUCUGGGACUCCCCGCUCAGCCACGGCAUCAAUGUGUUCGUUGGACUGGUUCUUUGCUUCACCAUGCUGGGACUGGGCUGCACGGUGGAGGUGAGCCAGCUGGGAGAACAUGUCCGCAGACCCAUCGGGGUGCUGCUGGCUCUGCUGUGCCAGUUCGUCAUCAUGCCCCUGGUGGCAUUUCUGCUGGCUUUAGCUUUCUCCCUGGAUGAUGUGGCAGCGAUGGCCGUCCUCCUCUGUGGCUGCUGUCCCGGAGGAAACCUGUCCAACAUCAUGUCUCUGCUGGUGCAUGGAGAGAUGAAUCUCAGUAUCAUCAUGACCAUAUCUUCCACCCUGCUGGCGCUCGUUCUGAUGCCGCUCUGUCUGUGGGUCUACAGCCGGGCCUGGAUCAACACACCCGUGGUCAACCUGCUGCCUUUCGGGGCCAUCAUCCUGACCCUGUGCAGCACUCUCAUCCCCAUCGGGUUAGGGGUUUUGCUGAGGUAUCGCAACACCCGGGUGGCCGACGUCGUUUUGAAGGCGUCUCUGUGGUCUCUGCUGGUUACCCUGGUGAUGCUGUUCAUCCUGACUGGAGUGAUGCUGGGCCCAGACCUGCUCGCCACCAUCCCAGCCUCCGUCUAUGUGGUGGCCGUUCUGAUGCCCCUGUGUGGCUACGCUGCAGGCUUCGGCCUGGCCGUGCUCUUCAACUUGCCCCCCAGCAGCUGCAGGUCGGUGUCUCUGGAGACCGGGUGCCAGAACGUGCAGCUGUGCACCGCCAUCCUAAAGCUGGCCUUCCCCCCACAGCUGAUGGGGGGAAUGUACAUGUUCCCACUGUUGUACGCCCUGUUCCAAGCAGCCGAAGCGGGCCUUUUCAUCCUGGCCUACAGGCUUUACAGGAAGGAGGUGCUGCAUAAACCGGACCCCACGAUAGACGGAGAGGACAUAACAUACCAAAGGUUUCACGAUGAGGACUUUGACUCGUCUUAUGGAGCGGUGACAGCGAGUGACCCAAACACCAUCAUGCUGGACCCAUGUCCUCCUGAUCCAACUCCUGUUUGAUGGUCAGAUUGCCACAGAGCUGAAGGAGACUGCUGCUGCUCACCAAAAAGAGAAUAAAAGGCAGACACGUGUUUAUCGUUGACCAAAAGGUGCUUCAUGUCACUGAGCUGCACUCGUUCAUGUCUGAUGAAAACAUCGCUUUUGCAUGUAAAGUCGAAGUCUGACAGCAUUUAUGAUUAAAAGCUUUUAGCACAUAUCACAAUCAUCCAUGUGCAGGUUUACAAACAACGUGCCAACAGCUGAACCAACUAUAAAGAAUUAAAGAUUAUGUGUCUCUUA